UUCUUCUUGAUACAAGUUUCAAAAGAUCUCUUUAUAUCCUCGCGGCGGUGAGUUUUCUCGAGUCUCUCUGUGGACGGCGGCUAGUUUCAACCAACAGAUCCGACAAUGCCUAAGCAAAUCCACGAGAUCAAGGACUUCCUUCUGACAGCUAGAAGGAAGGAUGCACGAUCAGUGAAGAUCAAGAGAAGCAAGGAUAUUGUCAAGUUUAAGGUCAGAUGUUCGAGGUACCUCUACACUCUUUGUGUCUUUGACCAAGAGAAAGCCGACAAGCUUAAGCAGUCUCUUCCUCCAGGUCUGAGUGUGCAAGACCUUUGAAGAUGAAGCAAACUUCUUCUGCAGAUUGGAGUUCCUUUGGUGAAGAAUCCUUUGCAUCAUCUUAUAAUUUUCUUAGGAGAGUUUAUUUCGUGUCAUUAAAUUUAUGUUCAGACUUUUCCAGUUUGAUUGUGUUUUGGAUUUGAUUCUGUUUGAAAAACCAAAUACGUUCUCAACUCUGAAUUCAAUUUGGAUCAGACUGCUUUCUCUAUCAUUAAAUUACAACUCUGAAUUCAAUUUGGAUCA